AGCAGGAAACUCUGUUUCAGAAGAGGCCGCUCUCCAUGUUGCAGAAUAAGCUUCUCUUUGCGAUUCUCAUUUCCUUUCUUGCACUCCGCUUCCAUGUAUCCCGCUGCGAGAAUAACAAAAGCAUCACUUACAACUGCGACCACCAUUCUUCUUGCGGUGAUAACAUCAAAGUCAGCCACCCUUUUCGAUUAAAAGGAGACCCUGCAGCUUGUGGUGACCGCAACUAUGAACUGUCUUGCGACAACAAUCACACCAUAUUGAGCUUCAACUCUGCAAAAUAUGUCGUCAAGGCGAUCAACUACAAUAACUUCACUAUCAGAGUUGCUGACAUUGGCAUCCAAGAACACAACUGCUCCUCCACUCCUCUUCGUCUUUUGCGACCCACUCACAAUUUAUCUGGCGACUACUACCCAUAUUUUUCAUCUUAUCACUACUUUGCCAAUGUGUCAAACACUGAUAAUAUUGUCCACAUAAGCUGUGAAACUCCAAUGAAGUCUCAUUCUUUUGUGGAUGCUGCUCCUAGCAUCUGCAAAAUAAAUUCCUCUAAUAGAAGAUACCAUUAUGUUAUGGCUGGUGAUGUGGAGAUCUUGAACUUGGGUCCCUCCUGUGCAAUCGAUUCAAUUACCACGACAACAUUGCUGCGAGAGAAAAAUAAGAACAUUUCAUACAUGGACAUCCACAAAGAGCUGGUUUAUGGUUUGGAGCUUUCGUGGCCUACCAUGCCUUGUGGGCAUUGCCAUCUAUUGUCUCACAUCACCGUUUGUACAAUGCAAAACACCACCAUUAUAGUGGCCUGCUCUAUUAAAAGCAUACUUGAAGGUAACUUCCAAUUGUGGAUAGGUUCUUACAACAUAAACACUCAGGCAUAUGCAUACGUUAUAGUGUAUUGCUACAGUUAUUCGGGUAACUUCCAAUUGUGAGCUAGUUUCUUAUAUCAUAAAUAAACACUCAGCA